UCGAGAAACAAAGUGCAGGGAAAAUAAUGGAGAAGGAAACCAAAAUCAGAAGAGUUUAUUUUGUGGAAAGGAUUGGUAUGGCUCCUGGAGCAGCAGCAGCUGGGUUAAUGCUAAUUGUGAUGAUGGGGAUAGCAAAUGGGGGAGUUGAAAGUGGAUCAGAUGACCCAUUUGCAUUGUAUGUACUGGGUGAUUCUUCAGUUAACUGUGGAGAUAAUAACUUAUUCUACCCUUUUCUUCAUCAUAACCUCUCCUUGCUUCCUUGUAAUGGGUCAGGUUCUACUCUUCUUCCUUAUUUUCUUGCGGAGAAGAUAGGGUUGCCACAUAUCUUACCAUUUUAUAGCCAGAAUGGAUCAGUUGAAGAACUGCUAAGAGGUGUAAAUUUUGGGAGUGCACAAGCAACCAUCAUCAAUCCUAAUUCUCCGAGUGACCAGUCUCUUAACGAGCAGCUCCGCCAAGUUUUCGAAACCCUGCAACUCUUGCAACUCCAGCUCCCUGAAAACCAAGCUAGUCACUUCAUCCAAUCCUCCAUAUUCUACUUGUCAUUCGGCAAAGAUGAUUACAUCAAAUUCUUGCUCGGCAACUAUAACUCAUUAGUGCACGGCAGGGAAGAGUUUGCUGGCAUAUUGGUGAAUCAAUUGGUGCGUGUCAUGAGAAGUCUCUACGAUGCCAAUGUCCGGAAGAUGGUUUGCGUAGGAAUAAUGCCUUUAGGCUGCACUCCUCGUAUGGUGUUGGAUUUUUCAAGUGGUGUUUCUGGAAAUCUUGUUAAUGGUUGUGUGAGGGAAGUGAAUGAGGCGGUUUUGGAGUAUAAUCAGCUGCUUGGACGCCACAUUCUUGGGCUUAAUGAAGAAUUGUCAAAUGUUCAGAUUGUGUUUUGUGAUAUCUACCAAGCCAUUAUGGAGAUGGUAACCAACCCCAGCCAAUAUGGUUUUGAAGAUGCAAGAAAUGCUUGUUGUGGUAUUGGUUUAUAUGGUGCAAUGAUGGGAUGUCUUUCCACAGAGAUGGCAUGUGAUCAAGCUUCCAUUCAUAUUUGGUGGGAUCUUUACAACCCUACAGAAAUGGUGAACUCCUUACUUGCCAGUUCUGUCUGGUUUGGGAAACCUUUCUCUAAGAUUUGUCAUCCCACAAAUAUCCAAGAUAUAGUUUCUUAA